CGCUGUGUCCGACUUCAUCUACCACAAUGUCUCGGAGAUGGAGGAAAAGUUGUGGAGUGUAAGGGCUGACCCGUUAAACGCCGGUGUUCGCGGUGAAUAGCGCUGUAAAUAGUGAGAUUCAAGUUGUGUUUAUUUCAGUACUUAUAGUAUAAACAUUGAGCUAAUAGCUGUAUUAACGGCGGAGUCACAGCCAUGGCAGCCCUGUCGGAGGAGGUGCUGCUGGUGGUGAAGAAGGUCCGGCAGAGAAAACAGGAUGGUACACUUUACCUAAUGACCGAGCGCAUAGCCUGGGGCCCUGAAGGAAAAGAUCGCUUCACCAUCAGCCACCCAUACGCCGACAUUCGUUGUCAGAAGAUCAGUCCAGAUGGCAAAGCAAAGAUCCAGCUUCAGUUGGUAUUACACACAGGAGAGAGCACAACCUUCCACUUUGCUAAUGACAGCACGGCUCUGAAGGACCGGGAUGCUGCCAAAGACCUGCUGCAGCAGCUUCUGCCCAAGUUUAAAAAGAAAGCUAACAAAGAGCUUGAGGAGAAAAACAGGAUGCUGCAGGAAGAUCCAGUACUGUUUCAGCUCUAUAAAGACCUGGUUGUGAGUCAGGUUAUCAGUGCAGAAGAAUUUUGGGCAAAUCGGCUGAAAUUGAGCUCUGUAGAUCACUCCAUGUCCAAUAACAACAAACAGGAAGUGGGAAUAUCAGCGGCUUUCCUGGCAGACAUUAGACCACAGACUGACGGCUGUAACGGCCUGAGAUACAACCUGACCUCCGACAUCAUUGAAUCAAUCUUCAGAACGUACCCUGCAGUCAAACAGAAAUAUGCUGAACAUGUGCCUCACAACAUGACGGAAAAAGAGUUCUGGACACGCUUCUUCCAGUCACACUACUUCCACAGGGAUCGCAUUAGCACUGGCCAGCAGGAUAUCUUUUCUGAAUGUGCCAAACAGGAUGAGAAGGGUUUAAAAUCCAUGGUUGUUCAGGGUGUUAAGAAUCCCAUGGUGGAUCUGCAGUCCCUUGAGGAUAAAAUGUUAGACGAGGGCUACGGCUCCUUAACGGUUCCUUCUACAUCCAACUCCAAUAAAACAGUAAAAGAGAAUAGCAACUCGGCCAUCAUUAAACGCUUCAACCAUCACAGUGCCAUGGUGCUGGCAGCUGGCCUACGCAAAGUGGAAGCACCCACUGACCAGGCCAGUGAGACAAGUGGCACAGAUGGGAAUUCCAGAGACUCAGACUGCUUUCAACCACCCAUUAAAAAGGUGAAAUUGCAAGAGGCUAUAGAGUAUGAGGAUCUGGAGAAUGAAUCUGGGCCUAAAACAAUCGCUUUGAAUCUUAAGAAAUCUGACAGGUAUUCCCAUGGUCCAGUUCCUCUGCAGUCCCAACACUACACCACAAGUCAGGACAUCAUCAACUCAGUCAGCUGCAUUAGAGAGGAGAUGAGCUGCUACAAACCCUGCCUUACUCGGGUGAUGUCCAGCAGUGUAGCUAGUUCGGCUAUUACAGCCCUUUCGCCUGGAGGAGUUUUAAUGCAAGCUGGACCUCAACAGACCAUCAGUCAGUUGGUACCCAGUGAUGUUCAGAAUGAACUCAAGCACUUGUACACAGCAGCAGGAGAGCUGCUACGGCACUUCUGGUCCUGUUUUCCAGUCAACACACCCUUCCUAGAGGAGAAGGUGGUUAAGAUGCAGUCCAAUCUGGAGAGAUUCCAGUCAACCAAGCUCCACCCAUUCCAAGAGAAGAUCCAACGGGAAUACUUAAGUACCAAUCUGACCGGCCAUCUAGAAGAGAUGAUCCAGGCUGCCUAUAACAAGUACCAUGCUUGGCAGACACGCCGUAUGAUGAGGAAAACCUGAGGGAAGAAAAGCCGAGCCAUAUGAUUUACAAGAGGAGGACGACACAGGAGAAAAUGGAAAGAGGGAGAGAGAACAGACUAUCUCCUUGUAGACCUGCUAGGUUGCUCCACCUAGAGACGCAAGUGUUAGUGGGGUGAAGCCCACUGUGCCUAGAUGUACAGGAGUCUCCAGAUUAGUCCAUAUGGAGAUGGACUACACCAUUGAUUACUGUACAUUUAUUUUUCUCCCUUUCAAUCUAAUUUUCUUUUCUUUUUUCUUUUUUUUUCUCCCUUACCUUCAGUGAGUAAGACGUCUGGCUUCCUAGCUGGAAGCAAAUAUGUAUCUGACAGUGUUGAAUUUAUGACCAAACUGUGGGCUUAAUACCAGAGGAAGUAUUCUCAGGAACUGAAAAUGUUCAAUGCAAAUGACUUGGCGAGAUAUAUGGGGGAUUUUAAGUGGCACACAGCACAGGAUGGCAAUGUUUUAUGAGUUAAACCAUGUCAGUGCAAUGCAGUAUGAUUCUGUAUACACUUGGUGUUCACUGGAAACCCAGAAGCCCAAGGCAGAAUGGGGAUAUGAUUAAAGCAAUACUGUAUAAAUUCUUUCAGUUAUGUAUUAGUGGUCUGCAACUUGCAAGUUGCACUACAUUCAAUGUCUAUUUUAACUGCACUGAAAACAAAUUUCUGGAUGUUGGGGAAAUAAAAGUCAGUAGGAUAACUGAUGUUUGUGACUGUCAUUCAAUUUUUUGUUUAAUUCACACGCUCACUUUCAGUAACUGCUUUAUUCUGGUCAGGGACAUGAUGGAUCCAGAGCCUAGCCCAGGAACAUGUGCGUGAGGCAGGAAUACACACUGACAGAGACACCAGUCCAUCACAGAGCACCAUCCACAUAGUUACUCAUUCCUUCACAGCUAGGUUCAAUUUAUCUUUGCUAGUAUACCUACUAGAGUGUUUUUAAGAGAUUUCAAGAUUUUAUCA